AUGGACGCUUACGAAAAGGUUCAGGUAGUUGGACGAGGAGCACAUGGCACGUGCUGGUUGUGUAUUCGUAAAGACGACGAAUUUCAACGAAAAGUUAUUGUUAAAACGAUCCCUCUUGAUGGAAUGACUGCAGAUGAAGAAACUGAAGUUAUGCAUGAAGCAAACUUGCUAAAACGUCUCCAUCACCCCAAUAUAAUCGGAUAUUUUGAGUCUUUCAAGGCAGAAAGGGGUCUUUCAAUUGUUAUGCAGUAUGCAGAGGGUGGUACUAUGGAUAACAUGAUCAGCGAAAGGAAGGGAGUGAAAUUUUCAGAAUCUACUGUAUUGAAAUAUUUCACGCAGGUGGCCGUGGGGCUGGAAUAUAUGCAUGCAAAGAAUAUAUUGCAUCGUGAUUUAAAAACCAAAAAUAUUUUGUUAAAUAGGAAGAGAACAAUUGUAAAGCUAAGUGAUUUCGGCAUAAGUAAAGAGCUGGCCUCUAGAAGUCUCGCAUCUACUGUUGUUGGUACUCCUAAUUACUUAUCGCCCGAGAUUUGUGAAGGAAGAUCUUAUAAUGAGAAAAGUGAUCUUUGGUCGCUUGGAUGUGUUCUUUACGAACUUUGCGAGUUGAGAAAAGCAUUUGACGGAAACCUUUUGCCUGCAAUCGUCAUGAAAAUAACUAAGGGGCAGUAUGGGCCUAUUAGUGAUCACUGGAGUGAAGAUCUAAAAACCCUCAUUCAACGUAUACUCAGUUUGAACGAAAACAACAGACCGCCAAUGAAAGAGAUCCUUACAUGCCCAAUUAUUUUGCCUGUCUGCUUAUCAAUACAUCUUGAUCUUGGAUGCAUACGCUCGUCCUUGAAGACUAGAACUAGACAAGGUUGCAGUUCUGGCGGUAGAAUUUUACGAAUAUAUCCAGAACGAGAAUGA